CCCUAAUAUUUUCUUGACUAUCUAUCUGGCAAGAGAACAAAAGGCAAGACUAAUUUGCGACUAUGUAAAUGAACUAUAUAAUUCAAAUGGAGUGAAGUUAAGCAAUGAUCUAUAUUUGGUUGUUUCUGUGCUUAUAUCGUAAGUGCUCGCGAAAAAGUAUUAAGCUUUCUUUCGAUUUGUAGGGCACCAAGGUUCAAGACUUGGAAGCAAUAUAGUGUUGUUGAAGAUACCUUUAUAAAGAAUUACACAUCAGAUGCCCUUGAUGUGAUUCUCGGCCAAGAUAACGAAUAUGACGAAUAUGACGAUUAGGAGUAUGAAUGGCCCAACAAGAAGCUGUCUACUUGCGUCCUGAAGUCGGACUUCACUUGCUUUGUCGACGGUGCCGAUGGCAACUGUCUGAGCUUUUCAUUGCUGAAGUGAAAUUCCCUUUACGAAAUCGCAAUAGCAAUGAUUUCGUAAAGUUGGAUUUAACGAUGAAGCAAAUGCUUGACAAACUGGUGAAGUCUGGCCUUGACUCCCCUGUUGUUGCCGGUCUGCAUGUGGAUGGCUUCAACUGCUAUAUUUAUGAAAUGGAACUGAACCAUAAAGCAGUCUAUAAGAUGCUGGAGGUGGGAAGUUUCACACCUCUAAUAAAUGAAGCCGACUUCCCCUCAUCAAGGACAUGCUCGAAGCGAUCCUGACAGUCAAGGCUAUGAUCAUCAAGACAUUGAAAGAGAUAUAUGCCAAAGAGCAGUCAGACACAAAGUUGCUUCCUCUGGCUUGCUUCAAUAAUCAAUAAACAUAACUUUUAAAAAUUA